CGAAAAGGGUUUAAUUAAGCCGAACCAAACGAGGCCGUAGCCAGACUGACUGGCGGUUUACGAUCUAUUUUUCAUCCCUGCGUGAGGCGGAACUCUAAUGCGCUGCUCGCUUGCGCUGUGGCUAGGGUUUGUGCAUUGGUCAGGCCGUCGAUAUGAAUCAGGGCGCGGAGAAGCUGAGAUGCACCAAGGAGCCGUAUAUAGAGGUCAACGGUCACCAGAGAAUUGAAAGCAUUCGUUUCAGUGUACAUUCCGGCGAUGAUAUAAGAAAACAAGCAGAGGUUCAGGUUUGGAAGAAUGUCGUUUACGAUGUAAAUAUCAAGCCUGCACCCGAUGGAUUACUCGACCUUCGGAUGGGCCCUCCAAAUCGAAAUUUUACUUGUGCUACAUGUCAUGGCAAUUUCACAGAGUGUCCUGGACACUUUGGAUGGUUGAAGCUUACGCUUCCAGUUUUUAAUGUUGGUUAUUUUAAUUCUAUCUUGAACAUUCUGAAGUGCAUCUGUAAGGCUUGUGGUAGAAUCCUUCUUCUAGAGAGCGAGCGGAGAAUUUUCUUGAAGACAAUGCGAAAGCCUAGAGCAGAUCCAACUCAGAAAGAUCAUUUACUGAAGAAAAUUAGACAAAAAUGUGGUAGCGAGUGCCUCCAUUGUGGCUACAAAAAUGGUGUAGUAAAAAAAUUAGGUUCUUCUCUCACUAUAGUUGAAGAUUUUACCAGAAAGAUUGAUGGAAGCAUGCAUGAAUUCCGUUCUGCAUUAUCGCACUUGAAAGAUGGUGCCUCUUUCCAAUUAAUUCAUGUUCUUCGUCCACUGAAAGUUCUUGCUCUAUUCAAAAGAAUGCUUGAUCAGGAUUGUGAAUUACUUAAUCUCAAUGAUAGGCCUGAGAAACUUAUCAUUACUGACAUUGCUGUGCCACCUUCUCCUAUUCGACCUUCUGUGAUAAUGGAUGCUGGAAUGAGCAUGGAAAAUGACAUUACUAUCAUCCUUAAAGGUAUAGUCAACACGAAUUCCAUUCUCAGAGAGGAUCUUGAAGGUGCUGCUCCCCUGUUUAAGUGUUUGGAGUGCUGGGAUCUCCUUCAAGUUCAAGUGGCUGAGUAUAUUAAUAGUGAAGCUCCUUGUGUUCCUGAUAACAAAAAUCGUGGGCUCAUCCAACGGCUCAAGGGCAAGCAGGGGAGAUUUCGUGGCAACUUAUCUGGGAAGCGUGUUGAAUUUACAGGGCGAACUGUGAUUUCUCCAGAUCCAAAUUUAAAAAUAACCGAGGUUGCUAUUCCAACUGUAAUGGCUCAGAUAUUGACGUACCCUGAAAGAGUGUACCGUCACAAUAUAGAGAAAUUAAGACAGUGUGUUCGUAAUGGAAGAUUUAAAUAUCCAGGAGCUAAUUUUGCUGUAUUAUCAAGUGGAUCAACAAUGGAUUUGAAGUUUGAAGGGAGGAAAAAUGUUGCAAAUGACCUGAAAUAUGGUGAUAUAGUGCAAAGGCACUUGGAAGAUGGUGAUGUUGUUCUUUUCAACAGACAACCAAGCUUACAUCGUAUGUCUCUCAUGUGUCACAGGGCAAGAAUCAUGCCUUGGAAAACACUGAGAUUCAAUGAAUCUGUUUGCAAUCCAUAUAAUGCUGAUUUUGAUGGUGAUGAAAUGAACUUGCAUGUUCCUCAAACGGAAGAAGCUCGCACUGAGGCACUUACGCUUAUGGGGGUGCAAAACAAUCUGUGCACACCAAAGAAUGGUGAAAUCUUGGUUGCUUCUACGCAAGACUUUUUAACUUCCUCCUUUUUGAUUACGAGAAAGGACACCUUUUAUGAUCGAGCAAACUUCGCACUUUUGUGCUCAUACAUGGGUGAUGGGAUGGAAUCUAUUGACUUGCCUGCGCCUGCCUUGAUAAAGCCCGUGGAGCUUUGGACUGGGAAACAACUAUUUAAUGUGCUUGUGCGGCCAAACGCAAGCACUAGAGUGUUUUUAAAUUUAACUGUGAAAGAGAAAUGUUUCAGCAAGCCUCAAAAUUUAUCUGAAACUAUGUGUCCUCGUGAUGGUUUUGUUUAUUUCAGGAACAGUGAGCUCAUCUGCGGGCAACUUGGGAAGGCUACUUUAGGAAAUGGCAGCAAGGAUGGACUUUUUUCUGUUCUGCUGAGGGACUACAAUGCAUAUGCUGCCGCUAGUUGCAUGGGCAGACUGGCAAAAUUGAGUGCCAGGUGGAUCGGAAACCAUGGAUUUUCUAUUGGUAUUGAUGAUGUCCAACCAGGAGAGCGUCUUAUUCAGCAGAAUAAAAGGACAAUUGAUGAUGGAAAUCGAGAAUGCCUGGAUUUUAUAGCCAAAUAUAACAAAGGGGAGCUUACUUUGGAGACAGGAUGUGAUGCAGCUCAAACUUUGGAAUUGAAAAUUCAUGAUGUGUUGAAUAAAAUACGGUCAGCUGCAGGAAAUGUUUGUAUGAAUGAACUCCAUUGGAGGAACAGUCCUUUAAUAAUGUCACAAUGCGGAUCAAAGGGUUCUCCAAUAAAUAUUAGCCAGAUGAUUGCUCUUGUGGGACAACAAUCUGUUGGUGGUCGUCGAGCCCCAAAUGGAUUUAUAGAUCGAGCACUUCCACAUUUCCCAAUAAAUUCAAAGACACCUUCUGCCAAAGGCUUUGUGGCCAAUUCAUUUUACACUGGCUUGACGGCUACGGAGUUUUUCUUCCACACAAUGGCUGGACGAGAAGGUCUUGUUGAUACUGCGGUUAAAACAGCAGAAACUGGAUAUAUGUCUCGUAGAUUGGUAAAGGGCAUGGAAGAUAUUUCACUUCAUUAUGAUCUUACUGUUCGGGAUGCUAGUGGGGCUAUAGCUCAAUUCCUAUAUGGAGAUGAUGGCUUGGAUCCUGCAAAGAUGGAGGGAAAAGAAGGGAGCCCAUUAAAUUUUGAUCAGUUGUACAUGAAAGUCAUGGCUACAUGCCCGCAUAGAGAGAAUGAUAGUUUGUCGCCAGCAGAGAUAUUACAAACUUUGGAUAAAAGGUUUUCACGGUGUGAAAUGGCUCCAGAGGGCGGUUGCUCUUCCGAGUUUAAGCAAAAGUUGUCAGAUUUUAUACAGAAGCGUAUUGUUACGCUUCAACAAACGAGGCAGGCACUUCAGCUUGAUGAAAAUCCUGCAAUAAAUAAAGGUUGCUGUAAAAGAGAAACUAUUUCAACUCGCAUAUCUGGAAUUUCUGCCAAACAGUUAGAGGUAUUUCUUGAAACAUGCAUUUCUCGUUAUUAUUUAAAAAAGCUUGAGGCAGGCGCAGCAAUUGGGGUCAUUGGAGCUCAAAGUAUAGGAGAGCCAGGGACGCAAAUGACGCUCAAAACCUUCCACUUUGCUGGAGUUGCUAGCAUGAAUAUUACCCUUGGGGUGCCUCGCAUCAAGGAAAUUAUAAAUGCUGCCAAGAAUAUUAGUACACCUGUGAUUAAAACCCAGCUACUUUCAAGCAGUGAGGCUUUAUCAGCAAGAAUUGUUAAAGGGUGCCUUGAGAAAACUACACUAGGCGAGGUCUCUAAAUGUAUAAAGAUUGUGCUAAAGCCUAGUCAAACAUAUAUAUCAGUUGUACUCGACAUGGAGAGAAUUGAAAGCUUGCAGAUGAGAAUUUCUUCUGAAUCUGUGCGAUUUGCAAUUUUGAAUCAUCCAAGAAUCGGUUUAAAACCUGAGCAUGUUAUCACAAUGAGCUCCCAUAAGUUGAAAAUUUCUAUGCCACUUGUUCACAAAGACCAGCUGUUUCCGCUGCACUCUAUGAAUACAUUGCUUCCUAAAGUUAUUGUGAAGGGGAUCUCAACUGUGAAACGUGCGGUCAUCAAGAAAGAUAAAGAAUUGUACAGCUUGUUUGUGGAAGGCACAAACUAUCUUGCUGUUAUGGGCACUCCAGGUGUCGAUGCAAGCAAAACCACUACCAAUCAUGUUAUUGAAGUAUGUCAAACUCUUGGUAUUGAAGCUGCAAGGCAGACUAUUAUAAAUGAAAUUAAAUUUACUAUGGAUGGACAUGGAAUGAGCAUUGAUAUCCGCCAUAUGAAGCUCCUUGCUGAUUUAAUGACUUACAAAGGUGAGGUGCUUGGUAUGACAAGAUUUGGGCUCACAAAAAUGAAAAACAGUGUUUUGAUGCUGGCUUCAUUUGAGAAAACGUCCGAGCAUUUAUUUAAUGGGGCAUACAGUGGCAGGGAUGACCACAUUGAGGGAGUGAGUGAGCGCAUCAUAAUGGGCAUUCCGAUGCAGCUGGGCACUGGAAUACUUAAAGUCAGGCAAAGAGUACAAGACCUUACUGAGCUGAAGUAUGGACCAGAUCCAAUAAUUAGCUGAGGCAAACAAGAGAUCCAUCUAAAAGAACUAAUAUUGCGAUCCAUGAAUGUUUUGGAGCAAGUGAAAAGCAAAUUGUUGGUAUUCAAGUUUCUGGUUCGUGAUAUAUAUACAUCAAAUUGAUUUGUUCCUCUGCUUCAAACUUGAAAUGGAGAUUAUAUAGCUAGCAAAUGCAGUGGAAAUCUACAGCUUCUUUGGGUCUCGUGAAUAGAAAAUUACUUCAGAACAAAAAUUUUCAAGUGAUUGCAUGCAAAUCCAUAGGCUUUUACAGCAUGGUUGAGAUGAUAGAAAUGCUUAUUUUCUGUGACUUCAAGUGGGAAGUUUGGAGCAAGUGAGUUGAUGCUUCAUUCACAUUUGUAAAUGCUUAAAACAAGUUUUCUCUACAUAAGAAAAUGCAAUUCUAGCUAAUAUCAUAGUUGCUCUGACGAUGGCUCCUGCUCACCAUUCAGGACGACAACAAUUAAGAAAACCUAAAAUGGUGAUCAUCAAGGUGUUGGAGAAAAUAUCAAAAUUAUUCUUAUCUUAUGUUGUGAA